GCUGCUUGUCAUUCAUCUCUCUGUCUGAGUCAUUCCAACUAGGCUCAAGCGGCCAGGUCGCAACACGUGAACGGGGAUGUUCAUAUUGGGCAGGCAUUUUAUAAUCGCAGCAAUUGCGUAAACCUGCAGUCUUUCAUAAUAAACCGUUUGUCUCCUGCUCUCUAAAGACUUCAAGUGCUUUCCUCCUCCACUUCCUCUCACUCUACUCGUGCAGUCGCAGCAGCCACCGUCAGUACAUGCAGUGGUACGGACGCCUUGGAAGGACAUAGGUAGUGGAAGUGUUUUUCAUUGGGGAGAUCUGGCAGCUACAAGUAGUGCAUUCCACUUUUAUUUGCAGGGCUUUGUCGUCACCUGGCCUAGUGGUGAGUGGUGACCAGUGCAGUGACGCGUACCAGCAGAGUUGUUGUAGAUAGAACAGCGGUUCAGUGAAUCCGAAAAAGUCCAGAAUCGCAUCAGUCCAGGCGUAAAGCCCAGUUUGUUUUCUCUCCUCUCUAUUGUCUAUCGCCCUAGUAUUUGGAAAUGGCCAACCCGGAGACCCUGUGCUUGUUCGACGUAGAUGGCACCCUCACGGCCUCUCGUCUCGUCAUCACGCCUGAAAUGAAGAAAUUCAUGGCUGAGCUGAGGACGAAGUGUAAAAUUGGUGUCGUCGGAGGAUCCAAUCUGGCGAAGAUUUCGGAGCAGAUGGACGGUGAUGUGCUGGAUCUGUAUGACUACGUGUUCGCAGAGAAUGGCCUAGUGGCGUACAAGGAUGGUAAACACCUGGCCACGACCAGCAUCAAGGACUUCGGCGACGACAAGCUGCAGAAAUUCAUCAAUUUCUGUUUGAAAUACAUGGCCGAUAUCCAGCUGCCCAAAAAACGAGGUACAUUCAUAGAGUUCCGCAGUGGCUUGAUCAACGUAUGCCCAGUGGGUAGAGAUUGCUCCCAGGAGGAGCGUAUGGAAUUCUUUGCCUAUGAUCAGGAGCACAAGAUCCGAGAAAAUUUCGUUGCGGCUCUCGAGAGAGAAUUUCCCGACUUUGGCCUGAAGUACUCGAUCGGUGGCCAGAUUAGCUUUGACGUGUUCCCGACGGGUUGGGACAAGACAUACUGCCUGCAGUUCGUGGAGAAGGACGGUUACAAAACCAUUCACUUCUUCGGCGACAAGGCGUAUCCCGGUGGCAAUGACUAUGAGAUCUACGAGGAUUCGCGCACGAUCGGCCACAAGGUGACGAACCCGAAUGAGACACGCGAGCUGCUGGAGGGCCUCUUCUUCAGUGCCUGAACAAAGACGUAUGGGUGUGAUUUUAAUAAUGUUUGUACUUUGCUACGAUAUAGCUGUGUAGGACAGUAGUUAAAAAAAGAAAAGCUCUUUGUCUUUUGACUGCUGAUCGACAACAACAGUACAUGGUACUGAACGCUACCUGUAUAUGGCUGAUUAGAUUUUGUUGCCGGUCCAUCCCGUUGUUGUCUUGUUUGCAGUUAUAUUUUACGAUGUGUCCAUCUUGGUGUAUUCGGACUGCCAACCUAGCUCUCCAUUCCGAAUUCCGUGUGUAUGGUGGUCUGUAUAUAGUUUGGUGUUUGGUCGUUUAGUGUCCUCUUUUGUGUCGCUUCGACAGUCUAGUAGUAGUAGUGAUCAUUCUUUUCGUUAGUAUUCAGGUUUUUAUUCGUUAACAGUGUGAACACUCUUCAUAGCAUUAACACUCUUAAGUCUUUUUAACGGAA